AUGUUAGUUUCAGUGAUAAUCCGUGUCCAGUCCCCGGACGGGGUGAAGCGGAUCACAGCCACGAAGAGAGAAACAGCCGCAGCGUUUCUGAAAAAGGUCGCAAAAGAGUUUGGCUUCCAGAAUAAUGGCUUCUCAGUUUACAUAAAUAGAAACAAGACUGGAGAGAUAACAGCAUCAUCUACCAAAUCCCUGAGUCUGCUCAAAAUCAAGCAUGGAGAUUUGCUGUUCCUGUUCCCCUCGGGCCUCGCCGGCCCCUCGUCGGAAAUGGAGACGUCGGUCCCGCCGGGGUCGAAGGCCUGCGGCGCUCCCACCGUGGUGGAAGACGAGAUCGACCAGUACCUCAGCAAGCAGGACGGGAAGAUUUACAGAAGCCGCGACCCACAGCUGUGCCGACACGGCCCCCUGGGGAAAUGUGUGCACUGUGUUCCGCUAGAGCCGUUCGACGAGGAUUACCUGAACCAUCUUGAGCCUCCUGUGAAGCACAUGUCCUUCCACGCCUACAUCCGAAAGCUGACCGGGGGGGCCGACAAGGGGAAAUUUGUUGCUCUGGAGAACAUCAGCUGCAAGAUUAAAUCAGGAUGUGAGGGGCACCUUCCGUGGCCCAACGGCAUCUGUACUAAGUGCCAGCCAAGUGCCAUCACACUGAACAGACAGAAAUACAGACACGUGGACAAUAUCAUGUUUGAGAAUCACACGGUUGCCGAUCGCUUCCUUGACUUCUGGAGGAAGACAGGGAACCAGCAUUUCGGGUAUUUGUACGGACGGUAUACAGAGCACAAAGACAUUCCGCUUGGCAUCAGGGCCGAAGUGGCCGCGAUUUACGAGCCUCCCCAGAUUGGCACACAGAAUAGCCUGGAGCUUCUGGAAGACCCGAAAGCUGAGGUGGUGGAUGAGAUUGCCGCCAAACUUGGCCUGAGGAAGGUUGGCUGGAUAUUUACAGACCUGGUCUCAGAAGACACCCGGAAGGGUACAGUGCGAUACAGUCGGAAUAAGGACACCUAUUUCCUGAGUUCGGAAGAAUGUAUCACGGCAGGAGACUUCCAAAAUAAGCAUCCCAACAUAUGUCGACUCUCUCCAGAUGGACAUUUUGGAUCCAAGUUCGUUACCGCGGUGGCUACAGGUGGUCCGGACAACCAGGUCCACUUUGAAGGGUACCAGGUAUCCAAUCAGUGCAUGGCGCUGGUCCGUGACGAGUGUCUGCUGCCGUGCAAAGACGCCCCUGAGCUCGGCUACGCCAAGGAGUCCAGCAGCGAGCAGUACGUGCCUGACGUGUUUUAUAAGGACAUAGACAAGUUUGGCAAUGAGAUCACCCAGCUGGCCCGGCCCCUUCCCGUGGAGUAUCUGAUCAUAGACAUCACAACAACUUUCCCCAAGGAUCCAGUUUAUACUUUUUCUAUUUCGCAAAAUCCGUUUCCUAUUGAGAACCGGGACGUGUUGGGUGAGACACAGGACUUCCACAGUCUGGCCACCUACCUGUCCCAGAAUACUUCCUCCGUGUUCCUGGACACCAUCUCGGAUUUCCAUCUCCUGCUCUUUCUGGUCACCAAUGAAGUCAUGCCUCUGCAGGACAGCAUCAGCUUGUUGCUGGAGGCUGUGAGGACCAGAAAUGAGGAGCUCGCGCAGACGUGGAAGAAAUCUGAACAGUGGGCCACCAUCGAGCAGCUCUGCAGCACGGUCGGAGUGCAGCUUCCAGGCCUCCAGGAGUAUGGAGCCGUGGGCGGCUCCACGCACGCUGCCACGGCCGCCAUGUGGGCCUGUCAGCACUGCACCUUCAUGAACCAGCCGGGCACCGGCCACUGCGAGAUGUGUAGCCUCCCUAGGACCUAG